GGUAGUUUUAGUUUUGACUCGGUGCCGACGCGACCAAAACAUCCCCAUCGUCAUCGAAGUCUCUCUUCCCUCUCCCUCCCAUGUCAGCGCCCCUCUCUUUGUAACAUCCCGCAGAAUAGAGACUAUGCCAGUUAACCCUUACUCCAGUUCCAUGGUGGAUUGAGACGCAGUGGAGGUUUGUGCUUAAAUAGUCUAUGGAGGUUUAGAGUAUAUAAGAUCCUAGAGUAAUUCAUUCUGUUUUCUUCCCACAAAAGGACGCUGCCAUUGCAGUAAAAUCCAGAAAAAAGAACAUAAUAGCAAGUUUGCUAUUAGGAAGCCGAAGGAAGGCGUAUGUUUGUUCUGCAAACGCUUAAAGAACGGUCAUUUCCAUGUUCUUCUCAGAUACUUAACCUUAAAUCUUAUGUUGCCUCCUCUUAUCAGGUUAGCUUCUUGCCGUAAUCUGGUAAGAAAUUCCAUGACUCUCCGCUUUAAAUUCGUUUCAUCCCUUGCCCAAUUAAGUAGUUACGACGUGUCAGACUCAUCUUCUGACGAAAACAAUACCAGUUUGGUCUGUCGACCGCUGGAUAAACUCGAUAAGUUUGAAGUUAUUGAAACCUUGCACAAGUUAAACAGAGAACCCAAUAUUGGGUUGUCAUUUAUUACUCAACUUAAAGAAUUUGGUUUUAAGCACGAUGUAGUAAGUUAUAUGGCAAUUGUUCGAUUUUUGUGUCAUUGGGGUAUGGAUAUUAGGUUAUAUUCUUUGUUUAUGGAUGUUAUUGAUAAUAACAACGGGGAACUUCUUAGUUUUGAAAUUUCGGAUCUGUGUGAUGCAUUGAUAGAAGAGAUUGAGAUGGAGGGGCUGGAAAAACUGAUAAAAGCCAUUGAUGUGUUGGUUAAGGUGUAUGCAAGUGUUGGAAGAUUUGAGGACGCCAUAGAUACCUUGUACAAGAUAAAAAGGGGUCGACUUGUGCUUUCAACAAGAACAUGUAAUUAUCUAAUGAACCAGUUGAUUGAGUGGGACAAACUGGAUAUGGUAGAAUCAGUUUACAGACAAUUGAAGAUGAAAGGGUUAGUUCCAAAUGUGUAUACUUAUGGGAUUCUGAUUAAAGGACUUUGCAGAAAGGGUUGUUUGGAAGAAGCCAAUGAUGUGUUCAGACAAAUGGGAGAGGCUGGAGUGGAGCCUAAUGCUUUCACUUUUGGUACCUACAUUGAUGGACUUUGCUCAAAAGGAAAAACUGAUCACGCCUUUCAAAAACUAAAAAGUUUUAGGGACUCAAAUCUGCCAGUUAAUCUUUUUGCUUAUACUUCUGUCAUUCGAGGUUUUAUAAAAGAGUCAAAGCUAGAAGAUGUAGAAAAUGUCUUGCUUGACAUGUUACAUACAGAAGUUUUCCCUGAUGCAGAUUGUUAUUGUGUGUUAAUUCAAGGUUAUUGUCAGAAAGGUGACAUUCUUAGGGCAUUGGAUCUUUAUGAAGAAAUGGAAUCAAGAGGUAUUAAAACCAAUUGUGUGAUUGUAAGCUCGAUAAUGCAAUGCUUGUGUGGUUUGGGCAAACUGGUUGAAUCAGUAGCGUGGUUCUUUGAUAUUAUGAAAUCAGGAGUUUUCCUUGAUGAAAUCUCGUAUAAUAUCGCGAUUGAUGCUUUAUGUAAACUUAAGAAAAUGGAUGAAGCCAUGAAGUUAUUUGAUGACAUGAAAGGUAAGAACAUGAAACCAGAUGUUGUGCAUUACACCACUCUAAUCAAAGGUUACUACCUCAAUGAAGAACCUUGGAAUGCAUAUGAAAUCUUUGGGGAGAUGAAAUCGAAUGGAUUGAAACCAGAUUUUAUCACUUUCGAUGUUCUUGCUAGUGGGUUAUCAAGAUUCGGUAGUUUUGAAGACACAAUUGAUCUUUUACAUGAUAUGCAAACACAAGGUUUAGAACCUUCCAGUAUUACACAUAAUGUGAUCAUUGAGGGGUUAUGUAAAGGAGAAAAGACAAAAGAAGCUGAAGUUUAUUUCAAUACUUUACACCCCAAAAACCUGGAUAACUAUGCUGCAAUGAUGAACGGAUACUGUGAAGCAAACAAUACUACAGAUGCCUUUGAGAUUUUAUUCUCUGAGAGACGACUUUUUGCAAAAAGGGCUUCUUGUUUGAAACUUCUAAGUUGUCUUUGUGCAGAAGGUGAAACUAAAAAAGCUAUGAAACUAUAUAAAGAAUUUGAAGCAUCAGACAAUGGUCCAUGUAAGACAAUGUAUAGUGAAAUUAUAUAUUUGUUAUGUCGUGUUGAAGAUAUGCGAACAGCUAGGGUCAUUUUCGACAAAAUGAUUCAGAAAGGAUUUACACCAGAUGUUGUUACAUACACCAUGAUGUUAUAUGGUUACUGCAGGGUGAAAUGGUUAAAUGAAGCCCAUAAUCUUUUUCUUGACAUGAAAAACAGGGGAAUCAAACCUGAUAUAUACACAUAUACAGUUUUGCUUCAUGGAGCUAGAACAAAAGAGGAUGUGAAGGAUCUUACAGAUGAGUUGAAGGAGAAUGGUUUAUCUUUUGAUGUUAAUUGCUACACUGUUGUGAUCAACAAGCAUUGUCAGUUGAACAACUUACAUGAAGCUGUUUUGCUGUUUAAAGAAAUGAAAGAUAAAGGUGUUGAACCAAAUACUGUGACAUACACUGUGUUUGCACGUGGUUUAUGUCAUCAGGGGUAUAGGAAUCAUGCUGUAGCACUUGUUGAUGAGAUGAUAUCAAAGGGUAUCCAGCUGAAUAAAAGUACAAUUAGAGCACUUGAAGUGGUGAUCAAGAAAGUGUAAUUUGAUCAUUAGAGUACGUCUUUACAGGUUGAGACAUUUGAUAGACACGUGUGUGAGGAGGUCUACAUAGUCUUAAAAGGGAGUGGAAAGCUGGAAGAGUUUAAUAUCUGUUCAAGUUGUACAUUUUACAUCCUUAAACCUCACCAGAUCUGUGAAAAUUUGGGUGUUCAAAAUAUUGUAUAUCAUAGAAAGUUGCUGAUUUUCAAUCUAUAUCUGUAUAUCAUAAUUUGAUUUAAUCCGCAUCUGCAUUUUAAAGAAGAGGUUCAGAUCCAAACAUCAAAGGGAAGCUCUGGUUUUCUUAAUAAAGCCAUAGAGGGGUGAUCUCAAUGGGCACUUUAUAUCUCCAGCUCAAAAUAUUGCCUAAGAUCUGAAUAUGUAUAUGAUAUAUAAUAUAGAUGAUUUGUGCAUUGAAUACUCCCAAUGCAUGUCAUGUAGGCAUCUGAGGUUUUUUAGUAAAGUUGCUUCUAAAGAAAGGUUGAUGCCAUGUAACUAUAACAUCUCCUAGGCAUUUCUGGAGCUACAUAUAUCUCCAAGAGUGUUAUUAUAUAUUCUUUUCAAUUUCUUGAUCAUUUAAACUGUAAUUUACAAUGUAUAACAUUUAACCUCUUUGAAACUUGUUAUUACUUGUGAGAGUA